AAAACAUGUUUAAAUUCAUAUGGCUGGCAGUUGGAUUCGUUCUGCUCGGAAAUUUCUCAAGAGCUGAAACUCCAGAAGCGUAUCUACUACAAACCCAUACACUUCCAUCUGAUCUAAAUUUUAUGCCCACUUUGGGUAAUGGUCAUCUGGGUUAUACGGUUUUCGGAGAUGCCAUUUUCAUGAAUGGUGUCUACAAUGGAGCCGGUGGCAAUAGCAAAAGAGCUCGUAUACCCAAUUGGCUUAAUAUCAGCGCAGUAGUUUGCGAUAGAUUUGGAUGUGCAACGGAUGACGAUGAGUUAUCUACAACGAAUGAUACCCUUUAUGAGAUGGAUCUGCGAGAUGGUUAUUUUCGUUAUCGCAAAGACUAUAAGAAGCUGGGAAUAACUCUUGAACAGCGAUCAUAUCCACAUAAGUAUUUCAAUCGUGCUCUUGUAUAUGAAGUGGUGGCCAGUAGACAUGCAACCACAGCGCGAUCAAAUGCUCCUCAGUUUCUUAAGUUGAGCCAACAUCCUGGCAUUGCUAGUGAUGCCUUUGAAUUUGUCGUCCUGAACAAUGGCAGCAAUGCCAAAGGAGAUUAUCGUGUAAUUCGUGGUCGUACUCAGGUCUUGGAAUUUGAAAGAUUCCAACCACAGCCACAUGAAAUUUAUAUUCUAUUCAGUCAAUCUUUGGAGGAACCUCUACAAAUUGAAUGGCCCACAUGGCAGAUGGAAAUAACUCAUCGUAUCAUAAUCUGUAUAGAUCGAGAGCAAAGUGUGGCAUUGAAGGAUCUGCAAGAUGCACUUGAAUUGAAUUUCCAGGAUCUGCAUCAAAAGCAUAUUAAGAGAUGGCAUGACUUCUGGGACAAUGAUUUCUCCAUCAGAAUUGCUGGAAAUUCUCUGGAAUUGUGGCAAAUAGCGAAUGCAGGAAUAUUCUAUUUGGCCAGUUCGUUGCCAUCUUUGACCACGAAUCAAAAGAAUGAACCCUUCGAUGGUCUUAGUCCAACUGGUCUGGGACGUGGCAAUCUCGAGGCAGACUAUCAGGGUCAUAGUUUUUGGGAUACAGAGAUCUGGAUGCUGCCGGUGGUUACACAAUUCGGCUACGAUUAUGCCAAAGAGGUUUUGGAGUAUCGCAGCCGUAAAUUAGAGGCCGCCAAGUAUAAUGCCUAUGCCAAGGGUUAUAAGGGAGCGAGAUAUCCCUGGGAAAGCGCCUAUACGGGCACAGAGGUUACCAAUCCCUGCUGUCCGGAAGUAGCCCAACAGGAGAUCCAUAUAUCUGCUGAUAUUUCCUUUGCCCUGCAAAAGUUCUUUGCCCAAUCGGCGGAUUUUGAUUGGACAUGUGAUAAAGCCUGGCCCAUUGCUGCCGAAGUAGCUGAAUUUCUGGUUAGCCGUGCCGCCUGUGAGGAACUAAAACAAGUGUGCCAUUUCCUCAAUGUCAUGGGUCCCGACGAGGAUCAUGCAAAUGUCGAUGACAAUGUCUAUACGAAUGCCAUGGCAAAGAUUGCUUUGGAAUUUGCCGUAUGGGCUGGUGGAAUGUGCGGUAACGCAAGCACUGAACUCUUUGAAAAAUGGCAACAAGUUAGCAAUCGUUUGUUAAUCCUACGUGAUGUGGACUUGGAUUAUCAUCCGCAACAUGAGGGCUAUAAACUGAAUACGGAAGUAAAGCAAGCGGAUACAAUUCUAUUGGGUUAUCCAUUGCGUUUCGAUAAAAGCUCUACACAUCUGAACGAUCUAAAGUAUUAUGCCAAUGCCACUCGAGAAUCCGGACCAGCCAUGACUUGGUCCAUGUUUGCGGCCAACUAUUUGCGUACAUCGGAGGAUUGGCGGGCAGAUGAAUACUUUGAGCGUGGCUACAAGAGCUAUGUACGUCCCGAGUUCAAGGUAUGGAGUGAAACGCCCAUUGGCUAUGAGGGGUCAGCCAAUUUCUUAACCGGCAUCGGUGGAUUUCUACAAGCUCUAAUCUUUGGCUAUGGUGGAUUAGAUUUCUAUCGUAGUGGGAAUCAAACAACAAUGGAAAAUUCUGGCGUAUUAAUGCCACCCAACGUUGAAGAGGUGGAAAUUAAUUAUAUACGCUAUGGAGAUAGCAAAUGUCGUUGGAUAUAUAAAUCGCAUUCAUCAUUUAUGGAUUGUGGUUAUAGGAAAUCGGGCAAAAAAUUCGAAAUGCUGCAGGGUAACAAAAGAACUUUGUUGGCCACAAAUUUCAAUGUGACUCAUCGCAAAGGCGAUCCACCCAUCUAUAUAAAUUUGAUGAACUAGUUUUCACAUUUGUAUUUGAAUUAAAUAUAAUCAGGACAUAUUUUCAAUUA